AUGAAUCUGGUGCAAAUAUUGUGCGGAAGAUUCAAGAGUAUUGACUUCAGUCAUACUCCAAGGGCCCAGAAUGAAUUUGCAGACGCAUUGGCCACAAUAACAUCGAUGAUCCAACACCCUAAAAGUACCCACAUUAAUCCUUUAGAGAUCACACUGAUAGAAGAACAGGCUCACUGCGCCCAUGUAGAGGCUGAGCUAGAUGGCCAACCAUGGUACGCCGACAUCAAGGCCUACCUGGAAAAAGGAGAGUAUCCCCCAGAGAGUUCAGCAAAUCAAAAGAAGGCCAUCAGGAGAUUGGCUAAUGGCUUCUUCUUGAAUAAGGAAGUACUAUACAAAAGAACCCCUGACCUUGGGUUUCUCAGAUGCGUGGACACCGAAGAGGCCACAAAAUAG